AUGCGUUUAAUAACCGUCGUCUGCUUAUUAUUUGUUGCUGCUUUUCAAGUAAAUGGUCAAGAUGUUAGUGCGAUAACCUCAGGUGUUUUUAAUCAACUUCUUAAUUCGGUUGUAUCACAAUGGGGUAAUAUGUCAUCAACGGAUCUAACUGCAUUCAUCGAUAAAUUGACUAAACCAGGCGGUUUGAAUCAUAUAUGGAAUGCAGUUGAUUCUCAUUGCAAUACCCAUUUUGAUUGUGGUCCAGACGCAUGUUGUCUUAAACCAACUCAUCUUGGAAAACGUGGUUUUACUGAUGGAAUCAAUUUACACAUGUCAAGUUAUUGUUCACCUUUAAAAAAAGCAGGCCAGACAUGUUCACUUUUUCAUAGUGGUGAAACAACAUCAACUUUUAGUUGUCCAUGUGCAAAAGGAUUCAACUGUGUUCCUGCCCAUACAUUUCAAAUCCAUCCAUUGAUUAGUAUUCAUAAAGAGCCUAUUUGCCAAGUUGCUUAA